CUUCCCCUCUCAGGUUGACUUGACAGCACAACAACAGAGGAAGGAGCGAUAAAUGCUUACAGAGGAGAAACCUGUUUAAACAGCAGCUACGGUGACGGAAUGAAGGACAGCAGGCAACAAGUGAACCACCUGACCACUGGCAUGUCCUUUGUUUUCCACUCCUGAUAAACCUUUUUGCUAAAGUGGCCAAUCCAGUAAGCAAAGGUGGUGACUUCACAGCAGGAAGUGGAGGAGGAGAGUUGCUUAUCUCCUAUUGACUUCAACAACCAUCACAGAUGUGAGGUCAAAGAACAAGAGGGAAUCCCCCCCUACUCCCAAGAGGAACAGUCACAUGGUGAGGAACAACAUCCUCACAGCUCCUGGGUCCCAGCCGGAUCGUUGUUUCAAGUCUUCUUCAAUACAGCAUGAUGUUCACGACACAGAUAAGGAACACCCCAGGCCAGAAGGAAGAGUCAUGUGGAGAGUGGGUGGCGGCCUGUACAGUAUGACACGAAACGUUGUUGGUGCAACACUAGGGGGUGUUGCAUGGGUAGGAACUAAAAGUUUUGAGCUCACCAAGACGGCUGUGACCAGUGUGCCAGCAGCCAGUGUAGGACUGGUCAAGGGGAGUGUCUCCGUGGUUACAGGAAGUGUCGGAGCAGUGGGAUCUGCGGUGGCAAGUAAAGUCACACCAAGGAAGAAGGACAAAGCUGACUGAUGGGGUGUGUGUGUGUGUGUGUGUGUGUGUGUGUGUGUGUGUGUGUGUGUGUGUGUGUGUGUGUGUGUGUGUGUGUGUGUGUGUGUGUGUGUGUGUGUGUGUGUGUGUGUGUGUGUGUGUGUGUGUGUGUGUGUGUGUGUGUGGACAAAAUACCUCAAAAAUUUCCAUCAUAGUUCUUCUGAUUUCAGAGCAGUGUAUGCACUCAACAGCUAGAUGAUUGACAGCUUUUGUCAAUGGUGAAACAAGUAUUCAAUACUGGAGGGAAGAGAACAUUUUAACCUUAAGUAAAAAAUGUCCCAUAGUGCAUGGAACACAUGACAGAAAACUAUUUUUGAAUCAAAGCUGAAUAAAUAAUUGUAAAAAUGUGUCCUUCAAAAUUGUCCCUCAACGCAACAGGAGCUGAGUGCUGGUUACGCAAAACAAAAGGGAUUUUUAGAAUACUCUUAGUAUAAAACAAAAGAAAUUCUGCAAAAUGUUGUGUUUUGUGAGUUUGGGAUCAUAUUAUUUUUCCUGACAGAGAGACUGUUUAGGUAUGGGUACAUCCCAAUGGGAAUAAAGAAUGAGUGAUACAGGGUUACAUGUAUAUUACUAAGAACUCUGGGUACAGCUCACUUUGUAUAAAUUUGUUUUGACUUGCUGUUAUGUGGUCAGUGUCCAGAACAGAUUUAUUUACACUGUGAAAAAAAACAUCAUAUUCUUCACAUUUCUACAACAGGAUUGGAAAGUGCAAAGUUAGUAUGACCCUCUGACAGACACAACUAAGGCCCUGUUCACACCUGGUAUGAACAACUCCAAGUAGAGGUGUGAAUAAUCACUCUGACUACAUAGGAGGUUGUCUGGGACACGUGGUCAGAUCCCUUUAGCAGUGGAAAGGUGAAUGUGUACUUGCUUACGAUGAAGGACCGCCUACUCAGCUGACGUUCUCUGACCUGCUACAGUGUCUCAAUGAACUGAAAAUAUAUUUUCUCUUCUCAGCUUCUCACAUCGAUUUAUUUGUGACGAUCACAACAAUAUUAACACUGACCGACACUUUGUUUUUUAAAUCUUUUUCUACCAUUUCAAAUGAGUAAAAUCUCUCUCUCUCUCUCUCCCUCUCCCUCUCCCUCCCUCUCUUUCUCUCUCUCUCUCUCUCUCUCUCUCUCUCACAAACACAUUUUGGAUGUACAGACGCACCUUCUGUCAAAGUCACCCUGGCUAUACGUGUUUAUUUGCAUAUGGACUAGGGAAGUGAGAAAUAAUCACAGGUGGUCACUGGAGACACAUUCCAAGUGUGAACUGACAUACUGAGAGCUGUCCACUCAGGAUUACCUGAGAUGCAUGUUACUAACAGGUCUGAACAGGGCCUCUGAGAAUUUUACGCAGGUAUAGAAUUAUCAUAAUUAUACCUUAACUUCAUAUACUUCCAGAUUAAGUCAACUUGAGUUUAAGGAGAUAAAUCCUUCAAGGAUUCACUGACAUUUUGAAUUUCUAUCAUUGUUUGAACUAGAAACUAUUUAUUUAAUCAUUAAUUUAUUUAUUCAUUUAAAAAGAAAAGUAUUUCGUGAAUUUGAUGAAACCUGUUUAUGCCCCUGUGUCCUAACGAAAUAAAGAUCUGAUGUAUUUUGA